AACGCGCAGGCAGCGUCGCGUGUUGCCGUUUGUUGCGGGAGGGCGAAGGAAGAUGGAGGAUACCAUCAGAGACCCCGAAACCGGUGGUGAAGCAGGAGGAGAAGAUGCUUUAGUGGGCAAUGUUAACAAGCUGCUGGUCGUCCCUCAAGGUUACAUGGGGGCGAAACGGAAGGGGCACCUCAUCUUUGACGCCUGCUUCGAGAGCGGUAAUCUUGGCCGCGUGGAUUACAUCAGCGAAUUUGAGUUUGACCUGUUCAUCAGGCCAGACACUUGCAACCCACGCUUCAGGGUCUGGUUCAACUUCACAGUGGAGAAUGUUCGCGAGACUCAGAGGGUUAUUUUCAACAUUGUGAAUUUCAGCAAGACCAAGAGCUUGUACCGGGAUGGAAUGUCUCCAGUGGUGAAGUCCACCAGCCGACCCAAGUGGCAAAGACUCCCCUCCAAAAACGUGUACUACUACCGCUGCCCUGACCAUCGCCGCAACUAUGUCAUGUCCUUCGCCUUCUGCUUUGACCGAGAGGAUGACAUUUAUCAGUUUGCCUACUGCUUCCCCUACACCUACUCACGCCUGCAACACUACCUGGACAGCCUGGAGCGAAGGAACCUGGACUUCCUGCAGAGGGAGCAGCUGGGCCUCAGUGUGCAACAGCGUCGCCUGGACCUGCUGACCAUCACCAGCCCGGGUGAGUCUCCUCUCUCUUCGUCACACCCAAGUGUAGCACCGGGCUGGAAUACCGCUGCUGUCUCCGUGCGGUCUCUGCUGCGGUGGGGGCGAGUGGGGGGUGCUCCCACAGGGAGCAGUGCCGUGGGGAGGCGGUCCUGCCUUCAGAAGAGAGCUGGGUGACAGCGCAGAGCGUAGAGUGGUGUGGGGGAAGCAGAUGGGUGAGCAGGAAUGGGUACAGCAGCCAUAUGUCUGCAAUAUGGGGAUGGUGCUAUGUGCUUUGAUUAAAGCGAUGUUUAUGUGCGGCACGUGGCCGCCGCUGAUUUCCCAGCUUUACGCGGCAUCUGUCACCAGGCCGGCAAGGGAGGCGGCACUGACCUUCACAAGGUGAAUGGCCAUGUUUGGCCUGUGGGAGUCUUCUCAAGCCCCACUGCCAUCACUUUCCUGUCUUCCCCUCAGAAUCUCACCUGGUUAGACUGGUGUAAAGUCAGAGUAAACACAGUACACAUUACCACGUUCCUGAUUAAUGCCAGCGCACGUGUCUCAGCUCCCCGUUUACUCCCUGAACCAGGGUGUGCAACAAAACACUAUGAGUAGUGAAUAAGUAUCGUGCUACCUCUGUCCUCACAGAGAGGGUGUAGGAGCUCUAAGGGAGGUCACUGAGUUUCCUGUCAGGGUGUGGUUACCUGUAACCCCUCAGAGAGGGGGUGGGACCUCUGAGGGAGGUCACUGAGCCCCCUGUCAGGGUGUGGUUACCUGUAACCCCUCAGAGAGGGGGUGGGACCUCUGAGGGAGGUCACUGAGCCCCCUGUCAGGGUGUGGUUACCUGUAACCCCUCAGAGAGGGGGUGGGACCUCUGAGGGAGGUCACUGAGCCCCCUGUCAGGAUGUGGUUACCUGUAACCCUGCAGAGAGGGGGUGGGACCUCUGAGGGAGGUCACUGAGCCCCCUGUCAGGGUGUGGGUACCUGUAACCCCACAGAGAGGGUGCAUGAAGGGAUGCAUAAAGAGCAUGAUGAGUUCAGGCAGGAGCAGGACCCGGGUGUGGGUGGCCCCCGGAUCAGCGGUGCUGGGUCCCUCAUUAGCCCUGCUCUGUGGAGUGCUCCCCCUCCGGACUGCUCUCCUCUAUUCCUCCUUUUUAAUUGGACACUUGAGCAAAGUGAUGCGCAUCUGGUUCUGCUGAAGCCUGACAUUUCGGACCACUGACCUUUCCAGGCUUGGCACGGCUAAAUAAUGAUUAGCUCUGGUCAUUGUUGUACCACUGUGGUGCACACAGGCAGAGGGGCGUGUGCAGGAUGAAGGGGGAGAAGAUAAAAGCAACAUAAAAUAUACACACGCACUGCACAUUCUAUACAUGUGUAACAGGAGAUAAAGAAUAUAAAAACUGCGUGAAUGCACACACACACACAGACAUACAUAUACAUACACAACCUCAGUAUAUGUGUGUUUGGAGGAGUAAGAGAUAAAACUAGAUUUGAGUGUGUGUGUGUGUGUGUGUGUGUGUGUGUGCGUAUACAUAUAUAUAUAUAUAUGAAAAGUACGCACACACUGUUUGUGUAUGUGUGUGGAACAGAAGGUACAGAAGAUAAUUCCUUUGUGUACAUGUGUAAUGGUAUAUAUACACACACUCUCUGUGUAUAUGGGUGUGUAACCGGGUGAGCAGAUGAAGGACUGAGCAGGGAGUUACAGGGCUAUCACAAGAAGAAAAUUGGGUGCAGACGUUCUUUGGAAACCCCUGUCGAUGUAUCGAUUUGAAUGCCCUUUUCAUAUCACCGGACAGCGGCCGACAUUGUGCUCAUCAAAUUAACUUUACUUUGCUGUUUAGGACCUUUUCCCACUGUAACUUUUCCUUUCACUGAAAAAAAGGUCAAUUGCAUUCAUGAUACUGGGAUAGAUGUGAGAGGAACAAUGAGAUAAUAGACAACCUUCAAAACACCUCCAGUAGGGAGGCUGUCCCUCAUCAAGCCUCUGGGGGCAGUGAGCGCCACCAUCUUGGCAUUCUGGGUAUUAUGAGGCCCGCAGGAUAAAGGGGCAGCACUUGGCUUUUCCCCCAUUACAGGCCAGACAUCCCAGGCAGCGACCAGACCCUUUUGACAAGCUCUAGGAAUGUUUUAAUUAGGAGGCCAAAAUGUUAACGCGUGAAGCUUUCCUUUCAAGCAACAAAAACCAGGUUACGCGUAGCAGAGUAUGGAUGUGAUCUUAAAAAACCUGUUAAAGGAGAAUAGCGGGACUGUCCAAUCAGAAAGAAGGAGGCCACGUGAUUUGGCUUUGCAUGGGUACAGCAGUGAUGACAGGAAAAUAUAUGCUGUCUAGAAUGACGAAAGAGAACAUCGAAGGAACUUUAAUAAGAAGCAAAAAAGGCCAUGUAGGCUGCCCUCCUGCAUUAACAGGGCAGGCAGGGCGGCAAGUGGACAUUUCACUUCUCACUAGAUUCUGACUAACCUGGAUCCUUACGACGUACCGCAUCACCCAACUAACCUAAAAUAGCUCUGUGACCUGCGUGGUAAACAGAAGUGAGUAGCAGUGCUGUUCCUUCUGCUCCUUCCAGUCUCUCCCUAUUGUAUAUAUAUGCUUUCUCUACUACACAAAGAAUAGCUCAGUCAUAACGUCUGUUCAUCACACAGCUCAUCAGAUGAUUUCUUUUCACCGUGUACGUAACGGACAUAGAGUAUAACUAAGUGUGUGUGUUCGUUUGGGUCUUCCUGUGACGAUUUCCGGGAAUGCGAAGGGCAGUGCUGCGUCUGUGUGGCCUGGCCUUUGCCCGGCUGGGUUACAUGCCCACACUGUGUUAGCUGGUUCUUUCUGUGGUCCUUACCUAAGGUCCAGCACAGGUUUCGUUCCCGUAUGUAUUUCCCCAUACUGAAGCCAAAAUGGCUCUUUCUUGUUUUCGUUCCGCUUUGGUUACUUGACAAACCUGUACCCAAAUGAAGUCCCCACAACAUUCUUCCAUUUGUAUGUCACAUGCUUCCUUUCUGAGAAACGUUUUCCAAUGUGGAGUCUCUCUCAUCUCCUCAAUGAUGGGGGGCAGAGCUUCCUGCUGCAGAAUAGGGGCGUUUGGUCUCCAGGUGUCCCUCCAUGGGUCUCUGCCUGGGACCGCGGACGGUUGCACCACAUCCCGACUGGCACUCGCACCGGGGAGCCACACCGCUGCUGUGCAACCAGGGAAGAGCCUCCAAGCUCAGACAAGAGAGAGAGAGUCACGGAGGGGACAUUAUUUAUAAAAGACUAUCAGGGGUUUGUAAAACGAGCAGCUGUGAAAACAACACUUCCUAUUAUUACCCUAAUUAUAUCCUUUCUCUUCGAAUUUGCAUAUUUUAUCUCCCCACACUUCAUUAUUGGUGACUCUGUUAUCAGUCUAGUGUUAAAAAAACAAACACCGAAAUGGGGUAAGAUGGAGAGAAAAAGCCGCGGCUCGUCUAGGCACUCUAAAAAGGCACUGUUCCAGUUGAUUUUUUAGGAACAUACACAGGAACAGCACUAAAUACGCAUGGACGUGCUAAUGAAUUAAGAAUAGGCAUGAUAAUUCUGCAGACAUGGAGCAAAGGAGGGCUACGAUUGGAAGAAAUGCUGAAAAAAUAUGUGCCAUGUAAGUGCUAUUUAGAAACAUGUCUCUAUCCCACCCUGAAGUUCUGGGGCAACGUUUGCUACCUCGUGGAAAUUAUCAUUUAAGAUUAUGACUUUAUUAGUCCUAGGUUGAUCUUAAUGCAAAGUGUUUGUGUGUUCGUAAGGCAAAAGGUGUAACAGAACUAUGCUGAAUUGCUUCAGUAAACCAAAAAAUGUAUAUGAAUUUCAGUAUGUGGUUUUUCUUUCUAAUAAAAGGUAUCUGUUGAGCUGGGA